AUGAGCGGGGCAUAUUGGGGGUUGACAGCAAUGGACCUGAUGGGGAGGCUGUCGGACAUGCACAACACCGCCAUGGUGCCUUGGCUGCUCUCCUGCCAGCAACCCGAUGGUGGCUUUGGUGGCAGCAAGGGACACGAUUCGCAUCUACUGUACACGCUCAGUGCCGUCCAGAUCCUUGCACUACUGGACAAACUGGACGCUGUAGACGCCGACCGCAUCGCCACCUAUGUGGCAGGGCUACAGCAGCCGGAUGGAUCAUUUAUAGGGGAUGAAUGGGGGGAGGUGGAUACACGCUUCUCCUACUGCGCCAUCUCCUGCCUCUCCUUGCUUGAUCGCAUGCACGCCAUCGACCUCCCCGCAGCCGUCCGAUUCAUCGCCAGCUGUCAGAACUUUGACGGCGGAUUCGGGUCCGUUCCGGGUGGCGAGUCACACGCUGGGCAGAUCUUCUGCUGCGUGGCGGCACUAGCAAUAGCUGGCGCGCUCUCAUUGGUCGAUCGGGAUCUCCUGGGCUGGUGGCUGUGUGAGCGCCAAGUACCGUCAGGAGGGCUCAACGGGCGGCCUGAGAAGCUGCCAGACGUGUGCUACUCCUGGUGGGUGCUGUCAAGCCUUGUGCUCAUCGAUAGAGUGCAUUGGAUUAGUGCAGAGAAGCUUCAGCACUUCAUUCUACAGUGUCAGGACGAGGAGAGGGGCGGCAUCUCGGACCGACCGGAUGACAUGGUGGAUGUGUUUCAUACCUUCUUCGGUAUUGCUGGCCUGAGUCUGUUGGAGUACCCUGGUCUCAAGCCAGUGGACCCAGCAUAUGCACUUCCUGUGGAUGUUGUCGAUAGGUCCACGUCAGCGAAGACCUCCCGGGUCCAGGCGGUGCGUUGCGUCGCCGGACCUUCCGCUUCUUCCGGCGAGAAGCGCGCAGAGGAGAAGAGCAUCUGGGAGAAGCUAGGAACCGGCGCAGCGGCGUUCGGACUCGCCGCGGCGCUUCAACUGACUCCGUCAGCUGUUGACGGAGCUAAGGCUGACGAGUUCGCAAUCCUGCGGUCGCCGCCGCCGCUCGAGUCGCACUAUUACGACGAUGCGAACGUUCUCAGCCGAAUCACGCGGUCCGACAUUAAGAAGCUUCUGACGGAUUUGGAGGAGCGAACUGGUUACCACAUUGACGCUGUAACCCUGCGUAAGAUUGCGGGCAAGGGCGAUGUCUUUGAGCUGGCGGAUAAGAUCCUCGAGUCGUGGUACCCCACGGUGGAGGAGGGCGACAAGCGCGGCGUCGUUCUGCUCGUCACCUCGCAGAAGGAGGGCGCGGUUGCUGGCGGUCCCACCUUCGUUGACACAAUCGGGGAUGACGUGUUUGAAGGGGUCGUGUCUGAGAAUCUCCCAGUUCUGGCCACGGAGGAGCGUUACAACGAGGCCAUGUACUCUACAGUGAAGCGCCUUGUAGCGAGGAUCGACGGGCAGCCGGACAUUCCGGGUCCCAAGUUCAACGACACGAAGCGGGAAUCCAACUACAAGACGCGCGAGGAGACGGAGUCGAAGCGCGACCAAUUCACGACGGUCGUUGGGGGUCUGCUGGUUAUCGCGUUUGUGGUUCCGAUGCUCCAUUUUUCAUCCAUUCUCCGUCUCCUACGCAAAUCUCUCAACUUCGUGCUAAUCUCCCUCCUCCUCCUCACACCGCUAUACUACUUCGCGUUCGUCAUAAUCUCCCCGACCUGCACGCGAAUCCCGAUAGUGACUUUCCGCGCGCCGCUUACCUAUUCCACUCCUAGUCCGUACUGCCGCUUUUUCCCUUUCGCUGCGCGAUGGAAAUACAAUCUUCCGGAAGAAGACUCUCGGUUUGAUGGGAUGGAGGAUUUCGUGUUCGACCCGAGUUCGAUUCCUGCUGAGAGCAAAUUGUCGGGUGAUCCGUACAGCAGUGAGGAACGCGGGAAAAUGGCGUUUCUGUUCCUGACGAGAUCGACCAUCCCGCUUGCUCCGUUAUGGGAUCAAUUCUUUAAGGGGCACGAGCACCGCUACUCCAUCUACGUGCACAGCUCCGACCCCUACUUUCAGAUCACUGCUGACAACACCCCCUCACCCAUCUUCGUAGGCCGCCAAGUGCCGAGUGGCGAGGUUGUAUGGGGCGACAUCACCAUGGUGGAUGCAGAGCGAAGGCUGCUGGAGAUUUCCCUGCUGGAUCCGAAUAACCUCUUCUUCACCCUUGUCUCUGAGAGCUGCAUACCCCUCUGGUCCUUCCAGUAUAUUUAUAACUACGUCGCCACCACAUCAGUCAGUUUCAUUGAGAGAUUUGACUGCCCUCUCAACAUCGGCUUUGGUCGCUACACGGAAGGGAUGGGGCCGGAGAUAAAGAAGAAAGAUUUCAAAAAGGGAUCUCAGUGGUUUGUGCUGCAAAGGAGGCAUGCGAUGAUGGUGAUCGAGGACAGAAAGGUCUACUUCAAAUUCCAAAAACAUUGUAAACCCAAGCGGGAGUUUAAAAACUGCUACUCGGACGAGCAUUACCUUCAAACACUCUUCCAGAAGCUGGACCUAGGGGGGAAGCUGGAUCCAGGGGGGGUAUCCAACUACACGGUGGCGUUUGUUGAUUGGACGGAGCGCAAGUGGCAUCCCAAGGCCGUGCCUUUCCCUUCCAUUUCCUUCUCCCCCCCUACAGAAGCUGGACCCAGGGGGGUAUCCAACUACACGGUGACGUUUGUGGAUUGGACGGAGCGCAAGUGGCACCCCAAGGCGUACUCUGUCGAGAAUACCACCUCCCUCCUUUUGAGACAAAUCAAGUGUGAGGAUCGGUACAUUGCAUGGCGCCCCUACUGGCAUCGCAUUCGCAAGUCGUACAAGAGUCACCUGGUGUUGGACCCAAGCACAGGGAAACCGGUCAAGGAUUAUGACAACGGAUAUUGUGCGCUUGUUCGCCGCAAGCGGUUGCUCUCUACCUCUCUCAUCCUCGCACGCAUCGUCGCACCAGCGAUAGCCGUCGCACUGCUUGCGACUCUACAGGGAACUGCUCGAGCCGCCCCCGGAGCUGCAGGGGGAUGCACGAACUACAGCCAGGGAACGUGGGUACGCGAUAACAGCCGACCCGCUUAUGACGCCAGCACCUGCAAGUACAUGGGAGUGAGCAACUGCCUGAAGCAAAGCGGGCGAUCAAAAGACUGGCUGUAUUGGUCCUGGAAGCCCAAUGGCUGCCCUGCAAACGGAAUGCGCUUUAAUGCACCAGGGUUCCUCAAACUGAUGAAGAACAAAGUGUUCGCGAGUGUGGGCGAGUCCAUCUCCGUUAGAGGCUUCCUCCUUGCAGUCGUCUGCAAUAUCGCCAAGUUUACGGAAGUGAAGUUGCUAGCCAAACCCAACAGAUUCGGGGAUGCCGAGGUUUACGUCGUGCCCAGUCACAACGUGACACUUGUCAAUUACUGGGCACAGUUCCUGGUCGCCAUUGACCGGAGCAACCAGACUCUCGCCAGGUUCGGCAACACCAAGCCUGCGCUACAGGACACGGUGGUGAACCUCUACAAGCUGGAGCCGUCCUGGGCAGCAAAGCUCGACCUCAUCCACGUCAUCGUCUUGCAGUCCGCCACGGACUGGCCGGCAGGGCGCGACCUCAUGCGGCGGUAUUAUGCCGAUGCGAAUUGGGAUCCGAUAAAACCGGCCCCUUCGACUUAUGAAGCAUACGAAAUCGGCAUGCGGACAGUGUACAACGCAUUUGCAGGGCGCAACAAGCGGGGAAAGCCGUUCCCAGUCCCCUACUUCCUGUCAGCGCCCCCUCGCCUCAACGGCUGUCAGAAUGUCUCCUCCCUCAGCUCCCCGCAGCAG